AUGCGUCCGGAUCUUGUCGCCGUCCUGAGCGACAGCACGCUCCGUGAACUCACAGAUGAGUGCACGAUCUUGAUAUCCCGCUCCUUUCCCGAGGAGCAGCGUGGGGAGUGGAUCGAUGCCCUCGGCAAGGAGGCUUCUCAGGUGGAUGAGUUGGCCGACGCCGCUUCUGCCAUCGCACCAGCCCGCGAGCUCGUGGGCAAGUUGGUCAAGUCGACACCUGGUAUGAUUGAAUGCACGGACCGUGAGCUAGAGGGUCUGUACAAUUUGCUCACGACGCUUCUGCUUCGGUAUUACCAGCCGGAGGAGGCUCCCUUGGAAGAUCUUCUCAUGCACAUGGUCCAUGCCAUCGGCGAUGCACAGUCACCCACGGCUAUGGAGCGCAGUGUGAUCAAGUACCGAAUCCUUGCCAAUAUGUUCAACAUGCUACCGCCGCCGUCGCCGCUGCGCCGUCGCGUGUUCGAAGUUCUCUUGGCACUCGUCUCGGCGAAUGACGAUAUGGACUUUUUAGAGACUGCCUUGCAGUCUGUCCCCCAUUGGCUUGCUCAGUGGGACGUAUCUGUGCAGGAGAAGCACGAAUGCCUGAGCCGCAUUGCCGAGGCCCUCGUCGCGCCAGAGUGCGGUCCCUCCUACAAUGACAAGGCAUACGAGUUUGAGCUUCUACACUUGCGUUUCAUCUCUGCAGAGCCCUCUCUGACGAACGAGGUGCGUCAUGCAGCCGCUGAACGUGCUAUUGCCCAUAUCCUGCGCCUUCCCAAGCUGUAUGAAAUGGAAGAGCUCUUGCACGUGCCUGUGACGCUCGAACUCGCUUCCUCCCCGGUCCUUUCUCUGCUCAAAAUCAUGGUCGGUGGCAGCCGCACGGACUUUGAGUCCUGGGCUCAGACGAGCGAGGCUCAGGAUGCCAUGCGUCGCCUGCAACUGAACGAGGAGCAGCUGCUGCACAAAAUGCGACUCCUAGACCUGGCUUCGUUGUGUGCUCGCAGCGUCUCGGCGGAAGUCUCGUACGAGGACCUGGCACAGGCACUCCAUGUGCCCGUCGACGAGGUCGAGAGCUGGGUGAUUGACGUGAUUCGCGCAGGUCUCGUGUCGGGCAAGCUGUCGCAAGUGCAGCGCACGUUCCGUGUGUACCGCUCGACAUACCGCUCGUUUGAAAAAGCCCAGUGGGAGGCGCUCGAGCAGCGCCUCACACGGUGGCAAGGCAGCAUUCAGACGCUGCUCAACACGAUGGAUCAGGCACGCACACAAAUGCCCGCCGCGCUGGUGACGGAGCAGGCCCACGAAGCGAGCGAAGCGUAG